UUGGAGACCAAAAGGGGAACGCAAUGACCAAGGCUGAAUCCAUGUCUGAUACCCGGCUUGGUUACUCACAAACAGGUCUGCAGGGCAAGCUGACGAACUCAGGGCAGUUGAGGGGAGCUGUCGACGCGGAGAGCGUUGACGGUGGACGCAGUCGGGGGACGUACCUGGGCGAUCUUUCGGGCAAGGGAGGAAUGUGGUCCUCGGCGCAGUCCAGUGCCGGCGGAGGAAGCUUGGGCUCUCAGACAAAUCUGCAAGGUUUCGUGCAGGAUGAAGGUGCAAUCUCCGGCAGCGUGGGAGCCGAUGCUCAUUAUCAAAGUGACGCCUAUUUGGUGCCGUGUCCGAUGCCUUAUCCUUCGUGUGGAAGUUGUACGAGGUGUUAGACACGCUCGUCUUUUGUUUUCUAUUUCUGUUUGAUGCUUCCUGUCAGUGUUUGGUUUGAUGAAUCAAAUUAAAAUGAAAAUAAACAACGCAUGCUAACUGUGGUUAUUAAUUCCCAUAUUCUUUAGUUAGGGAAAGUGAUGGUGAUAGUUAUGGUAAAG